UAGUUUUCGAUGGCACACGAGAUCAAGGGAAGUAACUCUCAUUUGUGAACGUUUUCGUUUCACGUUUCGCAGGCAAACAUAUUUCAACAUGACUUUCUGAUUUAUCUCCCGAUGUUUUCACUUAAACCGUGGGCACGCUUGUGAUAUACUGACUUGAUGCACAAUGCUUCGUGUGGCGUGGAACAUCAUCAAGACGUUGAUUAGCCUCAUCUUCAAAGUAUUUUCACCUUUCAAGCGUUUGGUAUGUCGCCGACGAAAAAACUCUGACUCGGGAAUUAUUCCUGUUGGCAAUCACCUGUCUACAUAUGAUUCCACCACUAUUGACAUGACGCCAGUGCCGGACAGCAGCGAGACAGAGCUUCAGUCGUGGGACAGCUGGGGAAUAGAGGACACAAGUCGCAAGAGUCACACCGGACACAUGACAGGUCAUGUGACAGCGAGUAACUAUCGACAAAAGCGCUUGUCAGAACCAGAGCCGGAGCCUGAGGUAGAUUACUUCCAGGACCUCACACCAGAUUUUAAAAAAGCACCAAAGAUAUUACUGAAGAAGAAAGAUGAACCUAGUAUCAACAAGACAGCAAUCUCCAACAGGCUAGCAGUGUCAUCUGAUAUCCCCAUACCUGGCUCGGAGCUAGGCAGCUGGGAGGACGGGGGAAACGCCUGGGGGGACGAGUCUCAGGAGGACCUGUCCUGGCAGGCAGAUGCCGCCAUGAAGGAGAAGAGGCGACUCGAACGCCAGGAGAGGACGAUGGAGCAGCAGCGGAAAAAACACGAGAGGGAUAUGAAAGGUGGCCAGAAAAGAGACAGUCACAUGAUGGCGGUCAGGUUGUCAUGAUGCAGUGUCCAGUGUGGUCACCAUGGGGUUAUGUGGAGGAUUUCCUGGGUACAGUGGACAUGCAGUGGACAUGCUAAGGACAUACAGUGUGGGAUGGGUGUUGGACAUUAUCUCAUUAUGUGGUACAUCUUGUUGUAAUCUGUGUUUUAGUGACAUAAUCAUCAUGUUUAAUGUUGAUGUGCUGUUUUCGGAAUAGUUGAAUGACUUUUUAGAUGUGUUUGUGUCUGGUAUGAGUCAGGCAUGGAGCUGCCUUGGAACCGAUCCAAAGAGUGUUUAUGUAUCUCAGUGUUUAAUUGCAUGUGUAAUGUUAAGUUAGGUUAGGCAACAUUUCCCAUGUUGUAAGGCAUCUUCUAGCACCCCCUGCAUGUCUUGGUGAACCUGCUGUGUUGCCAUGGAUACUGCUGGGGGCCAUGGUUGCUGACAGUUGCUACAGGUGGAGGCAGUGGACACGGGCUAUUGCAUGUGGUUGUACCCUGUCGGACUUAACAAUACAUUUUGAUGAGAUACAAUACAUAUCUAAAUAGUUCAGAACUCCAGAUAGGCUUCAUAUUUGCAUUAAAUACAUAAGAUAGAGCACCAUUACCCAAUUAAUCUUUAAGCUGCUUGCACACAAACAUGUAUGAAAAAUGUCAAAAACACAAUAAAUGUAACAACGUAAUUACCUGUAAUGUAUUUUCCUAUAUUUCUAUACAGAUCUUUUUUCUCUGAUUGAAUGCACGCAUCACACAACAUGAACUGUAUUGCAGUAAAUAGUGAAAAAAACAUAAGAAAGGUGCCACUUCUCUGUUAUUGUUAAUUGGCCACACAGGUCACUGACUGGUCAAUAGGAGGGACAUAGAAGGGACAUAACUCAUAAUAGCCACUGGUGGUACUACGAUCGAGUUCAGAAAUUACAGCCUAGUUCCGCAAGGGUGGAAACUGGUUUUUUACAGUCAGUGAACUCCCUUGCCUCGGGAAGAUGACAUGUUUCACACUUAGGGCUUCUUGCGAACUGAUACAAAUUAGAAGUCACCAGAAUUAUCUUUAAGAAAAGUCUACUCAUUUUUGUAAAGAUAGCCAAUGGACCCAAGGGAGUUAAAACAUAUUGAAUACAUACAGAAAGAUGUCUUUACCUACUGUGAAUGAUAACUUUUCACUGAAUAAAUACUCAGUGGCUUAAGACAUUAUCUGGAGCCCUGUUAGUAAGGUGGCCAUGCUGCAUUGCAGACUUACAUCAUCAAAGAGAAUGACAACAGGUAUAAGUUUAGAAAUGUAUGUUUCAAUUUAUUUUAAAUUUUGUACCAUCAUAAUAUUGUAUUUUACAUUUCAUUCUCAUACCAUAUAACAUGUCAUGAAUAUGUGAUGUUUUAUAUCAAUACCUGACCUGAAGCACAAAGUAUGGCGUUUCACCAGUGUUUUGGUGAAUUGUAACUGUCCUAAUAAGGUGUGUGAGGCGGUGGAGUACCCUAGUGGUUAAUGCAUUCACUCGUCACUUCGAAGGCCCAGGUUCGAUUCCCCAUAUGGGUACAAUGUGUGAAGCCCAUUUCUGGUGUCCCCUACCAUGAUAUUGCUGGAAUAUGCUAAAAGCGGUAUAAAACCCUACUCACUCACUCACUAGUAAUGUUUGUGUCAUGUCAGGACGUUCAGAGUGCUGUUCCUGAUGUAGACAGUUGUACCCCCUUGUGUAGUGUCAUAUGCUGGGUGGGCUGUUCCUGAUGUAGACAGUUGUACUGCCCUUGUGUCACGUCAGAUGCUUGGAGGGCUGUUCCUGAUGGAGACAGAUGUACUGCCCUUGUGUCGUGUCAUAUGCUGGGUGGGCUGUUCCUGAUGUAGACAGUUAUACUGCCCUUGUGUCAUGUCAUAUGCUGGGAGGGCUGUUCCUGAUGUAGACAGUUAUACUGCCCUUGUGUCAUGUCAGAUGCUGGGAGGGCUGUUCCUGAUGUAGACAGUUGUACUGCCCUUGUGUUAUGUCAGAUGCUGAGAGGGCUGUUCCUGAUGUAGACACUUGUACUGCCCUUGUGUCAUGUCAGAUGCUGGGAGGGCUGUUCCUGAUGUAGACAGUUGUACUGCCCUUGUGUCAUGUCAGAUGCUGGGAGGGCUGUUCCUGAUGUAGACAGUUGUACUGCCCUUGUGUCAUGUCAUAUGCUUGGAGGGCUGUUCCUGAUGUAGACAGAUGUACUGCCCUUGUGUCAUGCUCAGGCACUGAAGCCAUUUAGUCUCUGAAUGUAGAAAUAUCAUGACACAAUCAUAUAUUUAUCAUGUCUCUUGAAAUUGAAGUAAGUCUUUUGUUUUGUUUUUUUGUUUAUGAUGUUAAUGGUUGGUUUUGUCAGAUUCUGUCUUGAAAUGAUUCAAAGUGGCCAAAUGAACAUGAUGAUGAUGAAGCCUCAGAAAGGCAGGAAAAUAUUGUUGCUUUAUUUUCCAGGUAUAAUAUUUACUGAACAAAACAAACUGAGGAUCAUUAAUAUUGGGGGGAUAUUUUUAUGAAAUUGUGUGGUCAGUUCACUGCAAAAAAUACCCCCAAAAUAUCCAUGAGCCCUAUUUUCAUUGUUCAGUUUAUGACUGCUGUCAGUGAGAGCUUUCCCAUUGCAGAAGUCUAUCAGAACUAUUGUAAGCAGCAGAUGAAAUGACAUUAAGACAUGGAACAGCACAUGCUUUGUUCGGUGUCUGUACCCCUGCUCUACCCCUGCUAAUGGUCUCCACAGUGCUGAAACAUCGAGCAGAAUCAGGCAUUUGACAGUUCGCAUAAUUUGGUGAAUGAAAUAUUUAUAUACAUUGUAUAUUACUGUGGUAAAAUUUGAUAAAUGAUGGGUAUUUAAUAAAAGAAUUUUCUCUUUA